AUGGAUCAUCGAAUAAUAUCUCCUAUAGAAAUGUAUUCUGUUGCACGAAAUAAUACUAAUUUUUAUAAAAGUGUUGUUUUCUAUCUUCGAUUUAAAACAUUAUCAUUUUCUCUUUCUCAAUGGACGGAACGUAUUGAAAAAUGUUUACGUUUAACAAUAAAUGCACAACCUCGAUUACGUUUACAAGUUGAUCUUUCAAGAAAAGAACCUUUUUUUAUUAUUUUACCAAUCAAUGUAUUUGAUUGUUUACCAAUUAAAAUUAUUGAAAGAACUAAUAAUUAUUAUGAUCAUGAUGAUCAACAAGAAGAAUUUUUAGAUAAAAUUAUAGAAAAUGAAACAAAUACUGGUUUUACUUAUAAUCAAUAUUCACCUUUAUGGCGUUUAAUUAUUAUUUUUUCAUCAAAUAGUAAUAUAUUUGAUAUUAUAUUAACAUUAAAUCAUGCAAUAGGUGAUGGAAUAUCAGGAAUGGCUUUUUUUACAACUUUUAUUGAAUGUCUAACAGAUAAAUCAACUUUAACUUUUUCACUUAAUGAUGAUCGACCAAUGAAUGAACUUAUUCCAUCGAGAUUACCUCCUUUUUCAUCACUUUUAUUAAAAAUAAUUGAAAAAAUCCUUUUACCUAAAUUUCUUAGUCAAUAUUUCUUUCCUAAAACAUAUUGGACAGGUAAUAUUCAAAUUAUCGGGAAUGAUUUAUCUAAAACAUGUUUAGUAUCAUUUAAAUUAUCAAGUCAACUUCUUGAUUUACUACAUAAAAAAUGUCAAUUUGAAAAAACAACAAUCCAUACAGCAAUAUUGUCUUCAUUUUUAUUAUCAAUAACAGAAAUAAUGGGUAAAAAAAAUGUUGAAUUGUCUUGUAAUACAGCUGUUAAUACCCGUCGAUAUUGUCAACCAAUUGAAUCAAAUAAAAAAAUGGGUGUUUUUGUUUCAGGUGCAGAUAGUUAUCAUUAUAUUCCAUAUAGAAAUAAUUUAAUAGAUUUAUUUUGGCCAUUAGCUCGUCAAAUAAAAGAACAAAUAAAUAAAGAAAUCGAACAUUCAGUAUUACCAUUAAUUCAAUCAUUAAAAUUUAUUUCGAAUUGGAAUCAAUUUUUAAUUGAUCAACGAAAAAGUUUACCAAAUGGAUAUCAAAAUACUGUUGAUAUAUCAAAUAUACUUGCUUGGUCAUUUCAAUCUAAUGAUCCAUCAUGGAAUAUAAUUCAUGGUGGUUUUACACAAUCAGCAAAUACUGUUGGUAGUUUAUUUACUCUUAGUGUAGUUACUGUUAAUCAUAUUUUAAAAGUUUAUAUUUCUUUUCAUGAACAUUCUAUUGAAAAUAUUGAACAAGUCAAUUUUAUCAAAGAUAGAAUGAAACAAAUUUUAAUUGAUGCUAUUUAUUUAUAA